AAAACAUUAAUAAUAUUCAUUAAAAGAUAAUAUUAUUAUUAAAUUAAUAUCAAUGUUAGAUGCGCUUAAAGUUUUAUUUAUAUUGACCGGAACAAGCACUUAUCUUGUCACCAAAUACGUGAAAGUAGGCAUUGAAUCCCCCGAACACCACAAACCAAAGGGCACCGACACUCACCAUCAGCACCAGUCAACCAACACUCAUGUCAUCGAUCCAUCCGAACCAUCAGUUCCAUCGUUGCCAACACUGCUUCAUAAUGACGAUCACAUGAAUGGCAUGAAUGUCACCAAUAGGUUGUCUAUCGCUAAAUACAAUGACAGCCUAAACGACGACAACAACCGCACUUUCAAUGGCAGUCAACCCAAUCAAUGGCUUUAUCGCAAUCCGGGUCUACACUCAGUCAACAAUAGGCAUCCAAAUGAUUUCCAGCAUAACUGGUAG